AGAGUAUAUUAGACAGGAGACUUCAGUAUAAACCUACUGUUAUUCUGUCGCUCGAAAGUGAUCACUCAUCACUUUACCCUAAUUUAUGUUGCUUUUGAAAUGAAAGACGAUCUUUCUUUGUACUAUGAAAUAAAACAUGUUCUAUUGAGAUUUUCGUUUUGUUGCAAAAUGUGUAGUUAACUUUAGAUGAUCUUUAGAAAGGCCGGCAUUGUAUUUCUUUGAGUAAAAUUGCAGGAGCUUCAGUAGAUCUUUUAAAAUUGCGCUAUUUCCCGAACUCCAACAAUAUGAAGCUCUCUUACACACAUUGCUUUGUAAAGAGCCCCGCGACCUUACUUGUGAUAGGGGACCUUCACUUUACCUUUACCAAAACUUACGCGGAACCCCCCAUACCGGAGCGAGGACCGCCCCUGACCUCCAGUAUCGAGCUGAGAUACAUCCCCUUGUGUGUUGAUCUCUGUCACUGGAUCAAUGAUUACACUGGAGUCUCUAUGGAGGUCAACCAAUUCUGGACGCUGCUGCAAGACGGGUGUAUCCUGUGCGACCUGAUGAACAAGAUCCAGCAGCAGCACUGUGUUAACAUAGAGGAGACGUAUCAGUACGUUGGUUACACUCUUAAGAGGGACCUGGGAGACCAGUUAUUUUAUGUCAGACUCAACGUGGAGACCUUUAUCAGGUGGGCUAAGAACUUUGGUUGUGACAAGGAGUUGCUGUGUCAGGUUGGGCACCUGGUGGAAAGGAAGGAUCUGGAGCGAGCUUUGUCCUGUGUUCAUGCUGUGGCUAGACGGGUUGCUGAGCUUAGGAUGCCCUACCCCAAAUGUGUCAAGUUGGAGGUGAAGUUUAACAUGAGCUACAAUGACAUAGUGGACCUGUUUGAUGAGCACCACUCCUCUCUGAACGAGGAUCAGAUCCAUGUUAAGAAGUGCUACGCUGACCUUUGUGAGCAACUUGGUCUCGGCAAAAUGGAUAUCACAAAACCACUGAAGAGCAACUCGUCAGAAUGGAAGUCUCGGCUCAGUGACUUGUGGAUCGGAGAGAGGCCCCUUACAAAUGGUAACAUUGAGCCUAUACCUGAGUGAAAUACUGAUACAUUGAAUAAUGAUCAGUGCAGAUCAUGUUUCUGUUAGCUUAAGAUUAAAAGACUGUCGUUGGUAAAUAUUUCUUUGAAUGUACAUUUAAUUGAUGGUAAUUUUGGCUAUUAUGUAUAAUAUAUGUUUUCAUGAGAAUUUAAACUAGGGUAUAAUCACUGUUCAAAAACAUUAAAUAAAGAUUAAAAUUGCUAACAAGAAAUUAAUUUGUUAGUCAUUUCUUCGCACAGCGAUCAUUCACAGUAUUUUAAAACUCAUACAUAAAAUUCAAUUUAAUAACAUAUUUAAUUGCAACAUAAAAUGAAGUUAAUGUAUUA